CUUCUCUGUUCCGUAUUCCAUCCACUAACCACCAACCGUCGCAAUGGCUCCCAGCAAGAAGGCUCCCGCUGCCGCCAAGGAGAACGUCUCCCUCGGCCCCCUCGCCGGUGAUGGCAAGCUCGUUUUCGGCGUUGCCCGUAUCUUCGCCUCCUUCAACGAUACCUUCGUUCACGUUACCGAUCUCUCCGGUCGCGAAACCAUCUGCCGUGUCACCGGUGUCCUCCCCUACGCCGCCAUGCUGGCUGCUCAGGACGUCGCUGUCCGCUGCAAGGAGCUCGGCAUCAACGCCCUCCACAUCAAGAUCCGUGCCACUGGUGGUAACGGCACCAAGACCCCCGGCCCCGGUGCCCAGUCCGCUCUCCGUGCCCUUGCUCGUUCCGGUAUGCGCAUUGGCCGUAUCGAGGACGUCACCCCCACUCCUUCCGACUCUACUCGUCGCAAGGGUGGUCGCCGUGGUCGCCGUCUCGCAACACCAAGCGCCAACCAGCGCGUCAUAAUCAGCUCCCAGCAGACUGAACCUGCCAACCUCGAGCUCAAUCCACCAAGACACCAAAAUGACAACUCACAAACCGACACCGACAAUCCUCCUCCCAGACCUCCCCCCAAAACCCUGGUCGGCAUCGACCUGAUAACCUUCACCUCAACCGCAAACUUCCACGGCAUCCGCGACCUCCCCCAGGCUGGCACUUCCUCUACACAGGCGCAACAGAAACCCUCUCCCUCCGCAGCGGCGCAUGGACUUGUACCGCAAAGCCAAACACAGCGGCAGAACCAUCUCGCGCCGGAAAUAUACAUUUGGAAAUGGAGUGCCAAAUCCGAAUCUUUGCUUUCGCUGAAUGGAGAGAGCGAUUCUGUUCGGCAGGAAGCUAUGCGCUACAAGGCUAAUCUGGGUGCUGUUUGGCAGAGUGGGGGUCUGUUUCGGUAUCGGAGUCGGAUUUCGAGGUCUAUGCUUGUUAAGUCGAAAUAUGAGGCCGAGAAGAGUGAAGACCGAGAUGACGGUCAAGAUAAUGAUCAGGAACCGGUUUUGGCUCAGUCCGCGGCUCAGGUUGAGGAUGAUGAGGAGACUGAGGAGAAUGGACGGAGGGAUUGGUUUGGGUUGACGGAUCGAAUCUCACCGGUCCUGUUAUCGCGCGUUUUUGGGGAUCCUGAGGUGGAUGUUGAUGGUCAUCCGCGAUGGGUGUUGACGUCUGCCUCUACAGCUAACCGUGAUGCGGACCAUAUUCCUGGCGUUGACUCGCCUGCAGAAGGCACGGAAGGUCCCGAGGCAGGCGGAGAACAGGAACGGGAGUUCGGGUUUCUUCCAAUUGAUCUGAAGCGGACGUGGAGAGAAGGUGCUGUUGGGCGUGAAAGGACAGAAGCUGCGCAGGACCGGUCUUGGGCUCUGGGAGAGCUGAUUGAUCGGUAUUCUGGGGAUGCUUCUGGGGGAACCAGGCUUCUUGAGCUCAUUCUCACCUCUCGGCGGGCAAUUCUCGAUAGGGACGAGUUUAUGAGUGAGGUUCUACGGUUACUGGCUUUACAGCUGCAGCGGUGUGAUGAUGUUGAUGGUGGACUUUUCGAGAUUGAUGGAUAUGAUGGUGGAGCGUUCUUGCGCAAGCUUCUCACGAAGCUUCGACAAUCUGUUGAUGAGCUUGUUGGCAAUAGACAAGAUUCCAUGGUCAAAAUUGAGCUUGACAAGCUUGAGGAAUGGCUGAGGAUUGAAUAUGAUUGGGAGCUGCAUCGCGAAGCCAUUCUCCGCCGGGGUAUGCUUCAACUGGAGGACGGCGAGGAGGUGGAGAUGGACAUGGAGGAGAAUGAUGAGGAUGAGGAGACUGGAGAAUAUGCUCCUAUGAUUGUUGAUCUAGGAGAUGGAGAUAUGCAUGUAUAA